UGUGAGGGCAGAUGCAGCAGGGCAGAGAGGAGGACAGAGAAGGGGAGGAGAUUUAAAUGGCCAGCUUGUGAAAAGGUAGUGUGGGGCAAUUAGAGGCAAGUGUGUGUGUUUCUGCCGACUGGAGCUUAGAGCAGGACUGAAAACUGAGACUGUCGCUGCAACUUCAUGCUUUUUUUUUUCAGCAGAGGAUCAACACUUUUGGGCUGAACACACUGCGCUUUUACUUUGUCAAAACGGGGCUGCCGCUAUUUCAUGUUUUAAACAAUAGUUGUUGAUUUUUUUUUAAAAGCUUUGUGCUUCGACUCAGUUGGUUUUUAAUGUAAAUAUAAAAACAACUUUUUUUUCUUUUUUUAUUUUAUUGUCCCAGCACCUCCAGUUCGCCUCCGGGGCCUUAUUCAUUAGUAAGCACAAUCUACUUCAUCAGGUUACACGCGGCAGAGGAGCUACGUGACUGCACUCAUUCCCAGCACUACACCAAAGCGGGAGCAGAUGACUUGGAAAUUCUCAGUCAGCAUCUUUUUUUCUUUAUGAGUAUUUUGGGACUCUUUUGUUGGAUUGUUUUAUUGUGAGCACCGGGAGCCGCCGCCCCCCCUCUCCACUCGCAGACAUCGCGAAAUGAAACUCGGUUUUGUCAUCGAGACUGCGGUGGCGCUUUAUCUGCUGCUCUCACCUGCACAGAGUCUCCCUUUGGCAAGUGUAAACAGUACAACUGAAGUGUUAAUGUUUCAAGAAGUGUGGGGUCGCAGCUUCUGCCGGACCAUUGAGAAGCUUGUGGAGGUGGUGCAGGAGUACCCGACAGAGGUGGAGCACAUCUACAGCCCCUCCUGUGUGCCGCUGGUGAGGUGUGCAGGUUGUUGUGGGGACGAGAACCUGGAGUGUCAUCCAACACACACCACGAACGUCACCAUGCAGCUGUUGAAAAUCAGGCCGUCAGAGCCGGGUCAGGAAUAUGUUGAGAUGACGUUUGUGGAGCAUCAGACAUGUGAAUGUAGAGUCAGGAAACCUGUUGUGAAGGUUGAAAGGAAAAGGCAAAGAGGAAAAGGAAGGAAGAGAAAGGAGAAACAGAAAGUGAAAGAAUGUGACAGGUGCCAGAUCCCUCGCAGGUAACUGCAGUGGUGACCCAACCCCCUGUUGCAGUGUGGCUCAUUAUUUAUUUCCAGCCCAGUGACGGCAUCAGGAGUCUCCUCCACUCAUCCAUCAGUGCUGUGUCUGCAGCCAAAGACUCCAAAAGCUGGGUUGUUUCGCUGACGUGCCCUCCUGCUGAUGGGCAGAGCGUUUGUAUUGACAAGGUUCAACAGGAAGUGUGUUAACUGGUGGAAACACUGCUGUUACACACCUGAUACAAUGGAUAUCCCUGGGAGCCAGUGCAAUGUAGAAUCAAACAGACUGAUGCCUUUUCUUUUUUACUAGUUAUUACUGUAUCAGAUAUUGUAAUUUGUCGAUUUAUUUGGUAUUUAAAGGUGGUUAUGUUUAAAAUCUAUAUUUAUUGAUACAGCUGAAUAUAUUUGGACCAGCAACUUGUAAAAAGUUUGUCAGACUUUGUUCAAACAUUAUCCAAGAGAUCUUCACUUUUCAUAACAGCCUAUGUUGGACUGAGUGUGCAGAUGCUUUGUACAUGCAGUAAUGAAAUGUCUCCCUCUAGUGUUUAUGUUCUAAACUGCUCUAUAUGAAAGUAUUUUUCUAGGUCAGAUAUACAAAUAAGAUUAGACAGACAGUGUUAUCAAUCACAAGCAAUCAUGCCAUCAGCUUAAAGGUAAUUUAUCAGUUAUGAAAGUAACAAUCCCACUCUCCCUCCAUAGCGCCAUGUGACCAGACAGGAGUUGGAGGUGUUUUACUGCUAAUUCACACCUAUAUAAGAGCAAUAUUGAUCAGAAAAGUUUAUCAACUGAAAACUCUGCAGAAGGUUGUGUAUAAAUAAAUAUAUAAAAUUGUCAAAUAUCCAAAUUGUUCUUUGAAAACUCCCUUUAUUGCUUGUUUUUGGUGGACAGGAUAGAGCAGUAAUUAUAGCUGCUUUCUAAAUAAACAAACCUCAGCCAUCUGGAAUCAGCUUAUUAUAAAACACACCAGAAAGUGUGCAGUAGGCUGCAUGGUGGACGUGACAAAGCCCAGUAGGAAAGGGCAGAUCACAGGGCAGAUUACAACAGUAAUCAAUAUGCUCAAGCAGCCCUCAUUUGCUUUUGAUGCUUAUUAAAGAAUAUUGAUUACAAUUAUUGUUAUUUUGUUGUAAUUUGGUCACAAGGUUUUCACAGAUUUAUAAAAAGUAUUUCUGUUUGUGUGGACCCUGGUGACACAUGACUCACACAUGCCCACACCCCAGGUGUCUUCCUUUGUCUGUUUUUGGAAACACUGAAGUAGUAAAUUAAAGUAAAAAGUAAAUUGUGUCCUUUGAAAUUUUUUUCAUGAACUACACAAAGAAAAUCUCUAUGAAAAUGUAAGAAGUAACAUUUCUACUGUUUUAGCAUUUUAUUUCAUUUAAAUAUUUAUUUUGUAAUUAAAUUGUUAUGGUUUCA